AUGGGCGGUACAGCGGUUCAUCCAUCACAAAGACGAUUUUCGUGUGAGUGCUGUAGAAAAAUCAAGGCGAGAUGUCAACGCUUAUAUGCACACGACUCCAAAUGUUCGCGGUGCACGCUUCUCGACCUAGAUUGCAUUGUAGGACAGCAAAGGAGAGUUGGAAGACCGCGACGAGCUGCUCCUGCAGAUGCUCAGGCACACAAACACCGAAAGAACAUAGGCUCAACUUUCAGUAAUCGGCAAGUUACCCCAGCCAGGGUACACAACCAUGUCGCAAAUCCCACCACAUCUCAUGAAUCUCCUUCGAAUAAGGAAGGAAACCACCACAAUUGGGGCAUAGACCUUCCAAUGGACACUUCAAAAGCUACGCUCAUUCCAACAGAUAAUGAAACUUAUCCCGGAGCACAAGUAUGGCCAGCUGUUGAUAUGAACUCUUUUGAUCAAAACCUCCUUACAUGGGAUGCUUCCAAUGACAUUGAUCGCAAUUUUUUCUUAUCCAACAACGAUUUGACCUUCAGCAGCGCUUCAUCAUCUGUCUCCCCACUCAAUGCGCCCCCCUCGACAGCCUCGUCGCCUGCUGAUAGUAUUCAUGGUGCCGAGGAAGAUAUCUCGGAGACGCCAGGGGCACAUCGACUACGACCUAUCACAACCUUAGAUGCCAUGGCUGAGCUUUCCAAAAUCAACCUCGAUUUGCACAUCCGCAUGGUUGCUGUGGAAGCGAAUAAAGCAACAUUGGAUUUCAACGGCAUCGUUUAUGAAAAAGGCCCGCUGUUUAUUGAAAAUCUUACGCUGGCUCAGUUCCUGUUGAAGGCAUCCCAAGACUUGAAGCUUGUCUUGAGGCGGAUCAUCAGCGGCCGAACGGCUCGUGGCAUGCCGUAUUCUACGCAAACAACAGAGACAAAACUACUGGAGUCAUUAACAUUAUCAUCACAAGCAUACUUAGGAAAACCCCGUAAUCCAACAUCGAAUUUUUCAUCAAAUUACUCCCCCUCUCCAGAACCAUUGUUUGCACCUCUUGCUCUAAUCAUCACAAGUGUCUUCAGCCAACUCCUUACACUCUGCGAGCUGAACGCUGAACUCAUGAUUAUCCGCGUUGAUCAGAGGGCCACAAACCCUGUUGUACAACUCCCUGGCCUCAAUUUCGGCAGCUUGUCCGUGGCAGAACCAUGCAUACAGGGAAUGGUCUUCUGCGAGAUCAUUGCACAUAUAAUGGAGGGUAUCGAGCAAGCCCUCGGCCUCGAUUCAGUCCUUGGAGUGAGCGGAACUGGAUUGCUAUCCGCGAGACAAAAAAAUGUGCUUUGGAGCGAGCUGGAUGGAAAACCUGGAACUAUCCCAGGCCAAGGUAUCAUGAGGCCCAUCAAUGUACGGAAGUCGUUUGGAAGACUUGCAGUCACUAUGAGGCAGAUUUCUAUGGAUCAAACUUUCAUGUACAUUUGA